UCGGGGUAGGUCGAUUACGACACGCCGACGCCGAGAGGGAUGGAGAGGAAAGCAUUGGGUGUUUAAAACGCCCAAGGUAGACACUGCUGCGUUCUCCUGUCUGGUUUCUUUUUAUUCUUAAUAUUCUCUCUCUCUGUGACCCACCGUCCUCCUCCAGAAUGGCGAGGUGGUGAGGAACGGGCAGGUUGAAGCUCCUGACGGGCGACAAGUGGACACUAUUUCCCCGCACUUUCCCAACACGGAUAAAGCCUGCUAUUCAGCGUAUGACUUUUUGUUGUCAAAGAGGGGGGGGGGAUACCGUGUGCGAUAGCGCCAAGCUAGCUAUUUUAUGAUCUUGUAUUGUUGCACUGGACCGGAGUUAAUAGAGGUCGAGGCGUGAGAAAAGCAAGGUUAUCAGGGGGUUUAUCGUGGGUGUCCUGACGCUCUGCGCCUCGUCUUGUAAUUGGAUUGUGGACCAUUGACACCAGCAUCACCAGGAGCGGUAGCUCGGUCAGAGAUCCCGUCCUCCGCCUGGUUCUGUGGGGUGAUCACAGCCUUCCGGAAAAUGGGACUACCGGCCCUGGAGUUCAGUGACUGCUACCUGGACAGCCCGCAGUUCAGAGAGAGGCUCAAGUCCCACGAGAUGGAGCUGGACAAGACCAAUAAGUUCAUCAAGGAGCUGAUCAAAGACGGGAAGGCUCUCAUUCAAGCUCUGAAAAAUUUGUCAAGUGCCAAGAGGAAGUUUGCAGAGUCUUUGAACGAGUUUAAAUUCCAGUGUAUCGGGGACGCGGAGACGGACGAUGAGAUCUGCAUCGCCAAGUCUCUGCAGGAGUUUGCAGGAGUCCUGCAGAACCUGGAAGAUGAGCGGACCCGUAUGAUUGAAAACGCCAACGAUGUGCUCAUCCUGCCCCUGGAACGGUUCCGGAAAGAGCAGAUCAGUGCUGCCAAGGAGGCCCGAAAGAAGUACGACAAGGAGACGGAGAAGUACUGUGCCGUGCUGGACAAGCACCUGAGCCUCUCCGCCAAGAAGAAGGAGUCUCAUCUGCAUGAGGCGGACAGCCAGGUGGACAGCGCGCAGCACUUCUACGAGGUCUCCCUGGAGUACGUCUUCAAGGUGCAGGAGGUCCAGGAACGCAAGAUGUUUGACUUUGUGGAGCCGCUGUUGGCAUUCCUCCAAGGCCUCUUCACCUACUAUCACCAUGGUUACGAACUGGCCAAAGACUUCAACCACUUCAAGACAGAUCUGACCAUCAGCAUACAGAAUACGAGGAACCGCUUUGAGAGCACACGCUCGGAGGUGGAGAGCCUGAUGAGGAAGAUGAAGGAGAACCCUCACGAGCACAAGAGCAACAGCCAGCACAUCAUGGAGGGCUACCUCUUCAUCCAGGAGAAACGUCCCUUUGUGUCCUCCUGGGUCAAGUACUACUGUACGUACCAGAGAGAGCCCAAGAGGAUGACCACCGUCCUGUUUGACCAGAAGUCCGGAGGGAAAGUGGGAGAAGAGGAAAGCUUCAUUCUCAAGUCGUGUAUCAGGAGGAAGACGGAGUCAAUAGAGAAGAGGUUCUGCUUUGAUGUGGAGGCAAUGGACAGGCCUGGGGUGAUCACCAUGCAGGCCCUCUCAGAGGAGGACCGCCGGCUGUGGAUGGAGGCCAUGGAUGGCAGAGAGCCGGUGUACAACCUGAACAGAGACCACCAAUCAGAAGGCGUGGCCCAGCUGGACGUGAUAGGCUUCAACGUGGUCAAGAAAUUCAUCUAUGCAUUGGAAACCAGAGGUAUAGACGAGCAGGGAUUGUACAGAAUUGUUGGAGUCAACUCCAGAGUACAGAAACUACUGGGCCUUGCUAUGGACCCCAAGACCUGUGCUGAUGUGGAGCUGGACGGCCAAGAGUGGGAGAUCAAGACCAUUACCAGUGCCAUCAAGUACUAUUUCAGAAUGCUCCCUGCUCCACUUACGACAUACCAGUACCAGAGAAACUUCAUCAAGGCUGCCAAGCUGGACCACCCAGAGGCCAGGGUGACAGAGAUCCACCAGAUCGUCCACCGGCUGCCAGAGAAGAACAGACAGAUGCUUGAGCUGCUCACCAAACAUCUGGCCAACGUGGCCAAUAACCAUCAGCAGAAUCUGAUGACCGUAGCCAAUCUGGGCGUGGUCUUCGGCCCCACGUUGCUCCGCCCACAGGAAGAGACGGUGGCGGCCAUCAUGGACAUCAAGUUCCAAAACAUUGUGGUGGAGAUCCUGAUAGAGAACCAUGAGAAGAUAUUCCGAGAGGUCCCGGCUGGUGUGUGUGGGUUGAUCAACCCCCAGCUCCAACUUUCCCGCCGGAGGAGCGCGGAGAACAAGGCCCCGUCCUGCAGCGAGCGGCCCCUCACGCUCUUCCACACACCCACACACUCGGUGAAAGGCGAGCAUCGGAACAGCGUGGGGAACAGCGUGGGGAACAGCGUGGGCUCGGACCUCCAGCAGCAGCGGGCGCCCCUGUCCUCCGCCUGUAACAGCAGCAGCGGCGGCAGCAGCGGCGGCAGCAGCGGCGGCAGCAGCCAGGGCCUGACCUCCAGACACAGCCUGACCAGCAACGACGGAGAGGCGGACCCAGCGCGCCACAGCAGGCCCAACUCCCUGUUGAACCCAAAGAGCACAGGCAGCAUCACUAGCAGCUCGGUCAGCGCGGCGUGUCCCAGCCCACCCUCCCCCCGCUCCCCCUCAUGGCCGAUGUUCUCCGCCCCCUCCAGCCCCCAGCCCACCUCGCCCGCCUCCAGCGACUCCAUCCCCGCCAGUGUGGCUGGCAGGAGGGCUCGUGCGCUGUACGCCUGUAAGGCUGAACACAACUCAGAGCUGUCCUUCAUUGCGGGGACCAUCUUUGAGAACGUGCGUCCAUCCCGGGAGCCUGGCUGGCUAGAGGGCACCCUGGAUGGCAGGGCGGGUCUGAUACCAGAGAACUAUUUGGAGUUUGUAUGACCCAGGUUCCCACUGGACUGGGGUCUUGGGUUUGGGGGUGGCGCUGGACUGGGGUCUUGGCUUGUUCCCGGACGUAUCAAUACCCAACUGAAAGAAGAGUGAUUUGACUGCAAAAGAUACAUGAACUAGAAACGCCUGGAGGACCAGGUCUAUCCAACAGCUGUUCAGACAGACGAUGGAUAAAUGGGAGGAGAGCAAAUCCUUGCAAGCUAGAGGAGACCACAAAGAGGGGACAGCAGACCACUUGAAGUUGCACUGGAAGAAAACACGAUGAGACCAGCUCACACACACACACACACCUUACCUUUAUAAAAUGCACUGCCACCUUUUAACAUAUCUCUGCAUUCUCAGUAGGAAGUAUUUCCCUUGAUGUAUUAAAGCGAGCGAUUAGGUCGAACUCCAAAUGACUGAACAAUUCAAAAACAAUAAGGAACACAGAAUGCUUAGAAAUCUGGAUUCUUCAAACUUUUGUUGUUUUCCAACAAUUUUCACUCGGCAUGAGAAGGAGUGUUUUUUUUUUUAACUUUGGCUGAUAGUUUCUAGUGUGUGUGUGUGUGUGUCUGUGUGUCUGUGUGUCUGUGUGUCUGUGUGUGUGUGUGUGUGUGUCUGUGUCUGUGUGUGUGUGUGUGUGUGUGUGUGUGUGUGUGUGUGUGUGUGUGUGUGUGUGUGUGUGUGUGUGUGUGUGUGUGUGUGUGUGUGUGUGUGUGUGUUUUAAGCACUUGCCCUGCUAGAGGAACUGAGAACCCUGGCUCAACCCAAAGUAAUUUAUUGUUGGUUGGAGCUGACCUGCUUUGAGGCUCCCAUGAAAAAAAAAAAACAUUAUUUCCUCUCAUUACUGAAAUAACUUCUCCGUGCAUUGGUUAUUGGUCGUAAUUUUAUAU